AUGUAUACGUCGUUGAUCUACUUUAUAAAUAGUAGUUCGUCGCUCUCAAUCUAUUUAGCACCAUUAACAAUUUUCUCUCUUUCCAUCUCUUUUUGUGGACAGAUUCUCUCGAACUUGGAAUUACCUGUUAGCAUGGAGUACUCGAUCAAGGAUGACGUGACUCAAUUGAUAGGUAACACUCCAAUGGUGUAUCUGAAUAACGUUGUAGAUGGCUGUGUUGCUCGUAUAGCCGCAAAGCUUGAGAUGAUGGAGCCUUGCUCUAGUGUCAAGGAUCGAAUUGCUUAUGGAAUGAUUAAAGAUGCAGAAGACAAGGGACUCAUUACUCCCGGCAAGAGUACAUUGAUUGAGCCAACUUCCGGUAACACUGGGAUCGGUUUAGCCUUUGUGGGGGCAGCUAGAGGUUACAAAGUUGUCCUCACACUGCCUCAAACAAUGAGCCUCGAGAGAAAGACCAUUCUGUUAGCAUUAGGUGCAGAGGUUUACCUCACAGAUCCUAGGAGAGGCGUUAAAGGAUUAUACGAAAAAGCCAACGAGAUAUUAAGCAAAACUCCAGAUGGUAUCAUACUUCAUCAGUUCAGCAAUCCUGCAAACCCACAAACUCAUUAUCGAACCACGGGUCCAGAGAUAUGGAGAGACUCUGCAGGGGAAGUAGAUAUACUGGUCGGCGGUGUUGGGACUGGUGGAACAAUCUCCGGAGCAGGUAAGUUCCUUAAGGAGAAGAAGAAAGACUUAAAGGUAUACGCGGUGGAACCUAAAGAAAGUGCUGUACUCAGUGGAUGUAGACCGGCUCAACAUUUGAUCCAAGGUAUUGGAGCUGGAAUCAUCCCAGACAAUUUGGAUUUAAGCAUUGUUGAUGAAAUCAUUCAAAUGCCAGGCAUGGAAGCAAUUGAAACAGCCAGACUUCUUGCCCUUAAAGAAGGAUUACUGGUCGGAAUAUCUUCUGGAGCAGCUGCAGCUGCUGCGAUUAAGGUGGCAAAACGGCCAGAAAACGCUGGGAAGCUCAUAGUUGUGGUUUUCCCUAGCGGUGGAGAACGUUACAUAUCGACUGAAUUAUUCGACUCCGUAAGACGUGAAGCAGAGAAUAUGACAUUUGAAUGAAGCAGACUGCACGAUAUUCUGUUUGAUAUUUUUUCACUUUCUCAACUCCAAAAGUAUAAAUAAAAAUUAUUGUAAAAAUUGAUGGUUUACAAAUUUUCUGUGUGGAUUGGUGGUGUGCAAUAAAAUCGGUAAUGAUGUUCAAACAAAAAUCGGUAAUAACAAAUGUUGUCUUCUCACUGG